AUGAAAAGAAGAAUUAACGAAGGUUUUCUUUCAAGCUUGAAAGUUUUGGUUGUAUUGGUUGCUGUAUUAUUUAUUGCAAUACAAGGAACGUUGGCUAAUAAUAAUAUCGUCACUAAAUUAUUGAGUCAAGUUGAUCGAUUGAUUCAUUCCGAUUCUAGUAGAAGUAUUCAACAAUCGGGUACAGUAAUACUUUCUCCUGAAGGACAGGUAGUUUCUGGCUCUGUUUCAUAUGGAUCAUUUGAUCUAUAUUCAAUUACAAUGCCACCUUACAGUACAUUGAUUCUUUCAUUCAAACUUCCUUCCUCAUCAUCCUCUGUAACUGUUUAUGCUAAAGAAGGAUCAAUGCCAACACCUUAUCAUUACGAUUACAAAAUUGCAUCUCAAUAUUCUUCUCAAACAAUUGAUAAUUCUACUUUGCCUAUUUAUAUUACUGUUUAUGGAGAGAGUACAAAUACUAAUGAUUAUGUUUUGACAGCUUCUGUUACAUCAAUACUUCCUAAUUGGAUUAUUGGAGUUAUUGUUGCCUCAGUAAUUAUUGGACUUUUGAUUUUGGUUGCCUCAUUCCUCAUUCCAGUACUUAUUUGUCUUGGUGUUUGUGGAUGUGUUUGUUGUGCAGCAGCUUCAGCAAAUAGACCAAUUACCACAACUGAAAAUCCAGUCAAUUAUUAUCAACAAACUCCAACCUAUCAAAAACUCGAAUAA